AUGGCUUGGCGGUAUGACUGCCGGGAAAUGUGCCCCAAUGGCGGAGUGUUAAUGAAAGGUGUAGUCUCCCCAGUUAGCACCGAACCUCAACGAUCCGUGAAGGCCCUCUUGCAAAAAGAGCCGCCAAGCAACAAAUUCCAGAAAACCAUAUUCUUGUUUGCCUACCUAUUGUACCUUUUGCUUGGGGCAAUGGUACUUGAAGCUAUGGAGAAAGACUUUGAUAUAAAUCAGCGAAAGUUGGCAGAUAAUACAAAAACUGAUUUUCUGAAAAAUCGUUCUAAUAUGACUCAAGAAGAUGUCGAAGUCUUUGUGCAGGUGAUGACUCAUUUUAUAUUAAUAGGAAUACAUCCCACAGGAAACACAACUACUGGUCUUUCUUGGACUUAUAGCAACUCGUUUCUAACUUCCAUAAUUACCUUAACUACAAUAGGUUGUGGGACAGUGUUUCCUCAGACUCCUAGUGGACAGAUGUUCUGUGUUGUCUUUGCUGCAAUUGGAAUCCCUCUAACUAUUAUAAUCUUUAAACAUAUUGGUUCAUUAAUUUUUCAGCCAUUUGAAAAAUUUGGAAACUACCUUAAACAUAAGGGAGUAAGUGAGAAAAAUCUUUCUCUUUGGAAGAUGGUAUUUUUCAUUACAACUGGAUCAGUUUUGUUUCUGGUAUUACCACCAUUUUUUCUCAUGCCAUUAGAAAAUUGGACUUAUAUUGAAGGAAUUUAUUACUCAUUCAUCACCAUAAGUACUAUUGGUUUAGGCGACUACACAAUAGUGUUACGGCCCAGCAAACAGAACCAGAGCAUCACGUACACAGUGUUACUGUUAUUUUGGGAUUUCUGUGGUCUGGCCUGGAUUGCUCUUCUAUUUAAUUUGAUAACCAGAUUCUUUUAUGACAUGGAAUUAAAGCUAAGUAAGGACUCAACUGAAAUAGAAGUUGGAAAAGAAGAAAAGAAGUCCGAUGCUGAAAAGCAAUAA